GGUUUCAUGCUUAGACUGAAUUUGUAUAUUUUCGUCACUUUUAUUCCUUCUGCAUAUCGACACUCAACUCGCCCGUAACAUGAUUGGAAUUUGGAAGUGAUUUUCUAGUGGUAAACCAGAUUCAAAAUUCGUAUAGGUUCGAUGGAUACUACCUCAUCAGUCAAAUUCACCAUCAAACACAUCGAGGCACUGCUGGUUAAUGUUCUAAUGUCUUGUAGCAUGCGUACCGGACUCUACUCAACUAUCCUGUCGUUGUCUGUAUUGCAGACUGGGGUCGCUUUAACUGGGGCAGUUUUCCAUAGGGAUACAAAUCGGAGGCCAUGGGUGACACAGACCAUCUUCGAGAGCUUCACGACAUUUUUCGCCGUUGUCACGACAGUGUGGACGUGCAUUCUGCUUUGUAACAACACCAAACCACACUCGAAACACUUAUUUGCGCGAUUUAUAACGCACAUCUAUUCGCUCGGGAUGCUGACGAUCAUAUGGCUCGUUGCCGUAUAACUGUGACUACGCCAUCAUCCCUCCACCACCGGAUAGUCCCGAGGACAGAUGGUGUUCUCUGAAUGCAACAUCAAUGACGCUAGCAUGCAUGAUAUGUGUAUUCUGUGGUGUAACUGCCUGCCUUGUACUCCGAUCAUCAAA